CUCAAACCAGUUUCUCUCUAUUCCAAGAAACAAGAACGACCAAACAUCAAUCAUGGCUUUGAACAAAAGCAAAUCCUUCUUCUUCACUUUUUUGCUGAUUCUUGUGGCACUCUUUGGAGUUACCGUUGGAGGAACCGUUCACAAAGUUGGCGACUCAAAAGGAUGGACCAUGAUGGACGUCGAUUACAAGGCUUGGGCUUCGUCAAGAACUUUUAAAGUCGGAGACUCUUUGGUCUUCAAAUACAACAACGAGUACCACGACGUCACUCAAGUCACUCCCCAUGAUUUCGAGUUGUGCGAUCCGUCUAAACCGCUAACGAGAUACCAAACCGGUUCUGACACGGUCACUCUAACCAAACCGGGAUUCCACCACUUUAUAUGCGGUGUUCCUGGUCACUGCGACAUAGGACAAAAGAUUGACAUCCUCGUCUUACCGGCUUCGUUGGGUUCAGUGGCUGCUCCAGUUCCUGGACCGGUCCAAUCACCAAGCUCCUUAUCGGCUCAUCAUCAGAUGGCUCCAUCGCCUCUCCAAAGCGGUGCCACAAAGUCAGCUUCUUGGAUCGGCUUUAGCUUAUUGGCUUUAAUCUUCGCAUAUUGUUAUUAA